GCCGUUUCAAUAAAUAUGCCAGAUGACUCGACAUUUUCCCACCUACUUCUUCAAAAUUACUUGUUACUCAUGGAUUCUAUCAUCCCAAUUUAUUGUUCGGAUUGAUCUUAGAUUUAUAAGCAGAAGGAUCUAAUCAAAGAUUACAAUGGGACCUUAGACCAACCAAAGUGAGUUUUGUAACAAAGACUGAGGAUGUCUGCACCGGUGAAGAAAGAGUGUGGGUCUAACCAGCUUCUGAAAAAGGAGUGUGGGUCAAACCCACUUAACAAAGGUGGCUGCUAUAGGCCCAGGCCUGUUUCAGGCGACAGGCCUCUGGAUGGGAGCAUGCAUUUUACCAUAAUGAAACAAACCAAAGAGUCCUUUGAGGUGAUCAAUACCUUGCGCCAUGCUAAGAAGCUCUGCGAUGUGACACUAAUCGCAGGUGAUGAGUCGUUUCUAGCGCACAAACUAGUCCUGGCAGCAGCCAGCCCGUAUUUCAAAGCCAUGUUUACAAGUGGGAUGCGGGAGUGUGGGAUGGCUGAUAUCCCGCUUCAGGGAAUUACUCCAUGUACUUUAGCCACUCUCAUAGAGUUUGCUUACACGGCAGAGAUUCAUAUCAAUGAGAUGAAUGUGUGCUAUCUUCUCCCUGCUGCCACAAUGUUCCAAAUGACGCAUGUUGUGGAAGCAUGCUGUACGUUUUUAGAACACCAACUGGACCCCAGUAAUUGUAUAGGAAUUGCUAACUUUGCUCAGGAACAUGGAUGUACAGAGUUAAACAAUAAAGCCCGGGAGUAUAUCUGUAAACAUUUUAGCCAGGUUUGCCAGAGCGAGGAAUUUUUAAUGUUAUCGCCAUGCCAAAUGGUGCAUUUAAUUAACCAGGACGAACUGAACGUGCGCUGUGAGUCCGAAGUUUAUAAUGCUGUGAUACAAUGGGUGAAACAAGACGAGGACCGACGUCGGCCCAAAUUAGAACAGUUAUUAUGCGCUGUAAGGUGCCACUUCCUCACCCCAGGCUUCCUCAAACAGCAAAUCAAAUACUGUGAUGUCCUCAAAAACAAUCCUUCUUGUAAAGUCUACCUUGAGAGGAUAUUUGCUGAUUUGACGUUGCACAAAAAAUGUACGGAUCGUAGGCGGUUACCCCCUGCCCCACCUGUGAUAUACACUGCAGGAGGCUAUCUCAGGCAGUCUUUAAGCAAUUUCGAAGCAUUCAACCCCCAAACGGGGGAGUGGUUUAAACUCGCUGAUCUUCCAUUGCCUCGGAGUGGGCUCGCCACUGUUGUCGUUCAUCAUAUCAUAUAUGCUGUAGGUGGCAGGAAUAACUCCCCUGAUGGGAAUAUGGAUUCCAAUGCCGCAGACUGCUAUGAACCUUUUACAAAUUUAUGGAGGACACUGCCUCCCAUGUCAGUUCCUAGGAAUAGAGUGGGGGUAGGGAAUAUUGAUGGUAUGUUGUAUGCUGUUGGAGGGUCACAUGGAACUAUACAUCAUAAAUCUGUGGAGAGGUUUGACCCGGAGAGAGAAGAAUGGUCAUUUGUGGCCCCAAUGGCCACUCCCAGGAUAGGGGUGGGCGUGGCAACUAUCAAUCGCCUGUUGUAUGCUGUGGGAGGGUUUGAUGGACAUAACAGACUGGCUUCCACAGAGUGCUAUUACCCAGAGACUGACGAGUGGAAACUGCUGGCUUCCAUGAAUACAACACGGAGUGGAGCUGGCGUAGUCUCUAUGGACCAGUAUGUGUAUGCAGUGGGGGGAUAUGAUGGCACAAGUCAGCUUCGCACUGUUGAGAGAUUAGACACGGAGGCCAACGUCUGGGAGUUUGUGGCACCAAUGAACAGACCCAGGAGUGCAUUAGCCUGUGCAGUAUUGGAGGGAAAACUCUACGCAUUAGGUGGUUAUGAUGGCAAUGACUUCCUAUCAUCAGUAGAAUGCUACAACCCUGACCGAAAUGAGUGGACAGAAGUGACCAACAUGUCAUGUGGUCGUAGUGGACACGGCGUAUGCAUUGGGAUGGAGCCGUGCACUAAUAACUUUAAUUGCCAUUUACGAGGAGAUUAGAUGUGUCUUCCAUCAGAGACAUCAGAUUCGUGAUCGACGGUGCCCACACCCAUGUCAAGAUUGUCUAGCUUCCCGCAGUUUGUCAUCUAGUUAAUUUACAAGGUUGACAUGAAAUAUCAUGUGUUAUGUUGUGUCAAAACGUAUAACAAAUGAAUAAUUGCACGUAAUAAGCGUUUUAUUCACGAAACAUCUGAUCAUAAAAAAAUGUAAGUAAUUUAUCUAAACCUGCGUGUCGCUUGUUUAAUACUAUGCAUAUGUAGCACAGCACUGUAACCGCCCUUUGCUUUUUUAUUGUAAUUUGUUUAUACCCUUGGGUUGGGAGGGAUUUUCCAUCCGUUUUGGAAAUCUUUGUGGAGUACAGGGGAAUAAUGUCAGGGCAAAACAUGCAGUGCUUAAAUGUUAUAUGAAAACGAAAAUUAUACAAUGAUAGUUGUAAGAUUAUUUUUAAGUGAUGUACUGUUGGAGUAUGUGCUAGCACGACCAAUUUUCUGUUACGACGAAAAAGAUAUGUAGGCAAAUCUGCAAACGCCUAAACGCCCAACUGUGGACUUGAAGAUGUUUGUUUUAAAUUGAAUUCAAAUACUUGUUUUGAUUAAGUUAACUUAGGGAAGAAAAAAACCGUUGUCGCAACUCCAUUGCGUAAAGUGCAUAUGAAAUUUUCUUUUCGAUAAACAUAUAUUGGUGUGUUCUGUUGAUGUAGAAAACGAUACAUAAAACUCCAAUAACUUGGAAACGCUGAAUUCUAAGUUACUGCUCUUCAAAAAUAACAGCAUUAUGCAACUGCCAAAAUGUGCCCAUGUUAUUGCAGAUUUGCCUGCACGAAGCGUAAGCUCUUUCUGAAGUUGGGAAUAUGCGAUUGUGACGCGUGCUAAGAAUAAAGCUCCCUAUGGUAUUCGGUGUUUUGAUGCCGUGUGUCUGAUCAAUGACGGCCCCAUAUUUUUACUGUUGGGAGGGGAUCAAAUGCUUCAAGAAAGUGAAACUGAGUUGGGUAGAGAUUUUUUCCGAAAUUGAUCUGCAUUUGGCAUUGAAGUAGAAUGCAUGUUGUGUACAUGAUAACAGAAAUUGCCCCUGCUUAAGCUAUAAAAAUUCUAAAAAUUCUUUCAAGCAUUUUAUUGUCAAUAUCACCAUACAUAAAUUGUUAAUGAUCGCCAAAAGGAAACAUCUAAUAGUUCAUUUCGGACUUCCAUUUAUCUUGAUCUUAAUCUUGUACAUUUUAAUUUUUCGAAAAAAUUUUUACCAAAAUCAUAUUUGACCUUGUUACUUCGAAAAGCUCGAUUUUUCUUUGGGUAAUGAGACUUCAAAAAUAAUGGGUUGAAGAUUUUUUGGCCUUCAACUUUUGUCAAUAUUUUCAAAAUAAUAUCUGAAAUAGUUUAACGGGAAACGUACGGAACUUUGUAGGGACACUUUUCCCAUUUAUUCUUGUAUUACUUUUGAUAUUAAUUUAUCAGAUGUGUAUACAUAAAAUAACACUUCGAUUGGUUUGAUAAUUUUGAUUCGAAUUGCAAGCCAGCAUUCUAUUUGAGUUUGAACUUGUAUUAAGUGAUUUCUUAAUUCUACAUUUGGUCGGGAUCAAGGGUGAUUGAGAAGAAAAGGCUUGAUAAGACGUAAUUUUUGCACGUCCUGUUGGAUUAUUUUUACUGGGUGUCUCUCGAUCACUGAACACCGGAGAACACAGUUGAAUUUAAUAACAUUUUUUUUUGCCUUUUGAGUAACUUUUUGAGCUUUGUAUAUUGUUCUAAAAAUGGUAACACGUGUUAGACUGAGAUAAGGUUGUAUAGUGACCAUAUCAGUAGGCUGCUCGUGACUAGCGCACGCUCUGCAAAUGCACAUUUCAGUUUUGGCUUAGAUGUUCGGCAUCGAGUACAGAUUUUCGGAUUUUUUAUUUGAAGAAAAAUUUAUUUAAGACAAUCUAAUUUCAGUGAUGAGCAAAACAACGUAAAUACUUGGAUGCGUGCUCAUGUCCGGGGGGUAACGUUGACGUGAGAUUAUAUGCAUUUUGAAUUUGACAUCGUUCACUAAAUUUGGACAAAAAUUUCCCUUCAUUAAAGUUGCGAUCAAUCAAAACUCGAAUACUUAAAUGGUAACUUUAAACCAAAGUUUCACAGUAGAUCCUCCUAUCUACGUAUUGUUUAUGGCCAAAUAACGUACUUUUUGGUUGUGGUUAGAAAUAUUUUGACCGUACUGUUCCUAAACUUCAAAAUAAUAGUUUGAGCAACAAUUUUCAAAAUGCAUAGAA